CCCUCAUUUCCUGACUUCCAGGGUGCACACAUCCAGGGCUCUCCACAGUGCCUCCCACGGAGCGUGCAGCCACACGGGCCCCGGGGUGGGAUGGUGGGGCCCGUGUCAGAACUCAGCACGAGGCGAUCGCUUUAUAGCACAGCCACACCAGGAGGAACAAGGGGAGAUGACUUACUGUUCUUCACUGUGCAGUUUAGCUCCUGUGGAGAAAACGAAGGUGGCAAUUACAGCCGGGAAGGAACUUCACUCACGUGCCGGGCCCCAAGCUCUGCCCUGGCUCAUUUCCAAGAAUAGGAUUCAUGGGAUGCCCAUGCACUUCGGGAGGGCGCUCUGGGGAGGGGCCUCUUCUCACAGCAUUCUCACCCCACCCAACUGGGGAGCCGGGAUGACAAGAGGCACAGCGGAUGGCAGCAGGGAACUGGGGUUUUAGGAGGAAGUAAGGUUACGACCCGGGGACUUCAAAAUUGUAAGACAGAGAGGAUGGCAGACAUCUGGCACAGUGGUAAAGCCAUGGCUUGGAAAGCCUGCACCCCAAAUGGAGUCCCGGCUCCAUUUCUGAUUCUGGCUUCUUACUAAUGCACACCCUGGAAGGCAGCAGGCUCAAGGUACUUGGGUCCCUGCCACUCGUGCGGAAGACAGACUGAAUUCUGGGUGCCUGGCUUCUACCUGGUCCAAUCUUGUUUGUUGCAGGCCUUUGGGGAAUGAACUAGCAAAUGAAAUAUGGCAUAAAAGUAAAAAGACUUAAAAACUUAUCUUUUAGUUCCAUUUUUCCAUAAACAUUUUGAAGUUCCCACAUAUAUGUAUUCAAAGAUUUAUUUAUUUAUUUGAAAGGCAGAGAGAGAUAAAGAAAUAUCUUUGCUAGUUACUUCCCAAAUGGCUACAGUGGUUGGGGCUGGGCCAGGCCAAACUGAGAACUCCAUCUGGGUCUCUCACAUGGGUGGCAGAGGCCCAAGUACUUGCGUCAUCUUCCACUGCUUUCCCAGGUUCAUCAGCAGGGAGCUGGAUCAGAAGCUAAACAGCUGAGGCUCAAACCAGUGCUCGAUAGGGGAUGUCAGCAUUGCAAGCCAGACAGGUCAGGAAUGAGUCAGGAUCUCGUCAGUGACAGCUCAGCUCAGCUCCGUUCUUUCUUCCGCUCCCGGUGGUUUACAUGCACCAGGCCAUGAUCCUCGAAAGGAUGGAGAGUGGUGCAAGGGCUCCCCUUUUUAUCCUCAUUUUCUGGCAGUCCUCCAGCUUGCCAUCCUCCAACUUGUUGUCCAAUCAAUGUGUUUCCUCCUUGCUUGCAGUUGAACAGUCCAGUCAAUACUGUUCCUGCCUUACAUAUGUAUGAACAGUCCAGUCAGCGUGGGUAGGAGGGUAUUGCCCAUAGCGCACUGUUAUCUGACUGACCAGAGAUGUCUGCUUGGUAUGAGUAGGAGUGUCUCCCUAACAGCCGUUAGGUAUUGCCUCCACUCCUGACUUAUGACUCCACUUUACUUUUAUUUUGUGGCUAGUGGUAACGUUUUAACUCAAUGUUUUACUGUGGCGUUUCCACAGUUCAUCUCCUUUCCAGGGAAGUGGUGAUCUGUGACUCUUUGAGACUCCUGUGGGAUUCCCCACAGAUUCUAACCUCCUUCUGCCCGCCUACCUCCUCCUCCUCCACAGCAGGCAUAGAGCCCCUGUCCUCCAGCACCAGCCAGGAACCCAGGAAGCCACAGUACCCCUGCUCCCCUAAAGAUCCUCACUCCAGAGGAUCUUCCCCCCUCCCCUGAGGGUGGGGUGGGGAGGGAACACCACCCAGAGAGGCAGGCCUUGCUGCUGUCUCCACUGUUCGUCCACAUGCGUCUCCUCCUGGCUCCCCACGCUUCGUGGAGCCUCAGCAUAAAAACAAUUCUCCCUGGUUCUUUGAGUCUUCAUCUAAGAAGGCGCCUGUGUCAUGGAAAACUUGGGUUAAAUAACUGAUGCUUUUCUCUCGUUCACCUCCUUUUCGUUACAGGACUUUUGGCCAUGAGUGAAGAAAGUAUCGCACCCAUCCACUCCCACCUACUCACCACAUCUUACUUAAUUCUUUGCCACAUGAGUCUCCUUCCUUUAGGCCACCCUUUUGCAAGUAUAUCCCUGUGUUCAGCGCAUGUCUGCCACAUGGCAGCCAGGGAGUCCUGCUCUCACGGAUCUCAGCUGAACUACUCAGCUGCUGUGGCUGCAGUCACUUGGGGAAACCCAGCGAAGCUCCUCGAAAGGCAGGAUGAGGGCAUGGACGGGGAAGUCUGUGCCACGGAGAAGACGGAAUUCCACGCUGGGCAGCAAGCAUCGCCCUGCCCUGUGGCCUCUGCGAUCCAAAACUUCCCCGUCCCACUCCACUGAAGCUCUUGUUGCCCUGGCAAUGCCACAACUAUUUACCCUUUUAGGGUAUGUAGCAAACAUGAUUAAGCCCAGGACAGGUGAGAGGGGAUGCAAUCUGUAGAAUUGUGUAUGAUGAUGUUCAAACACUAAACUGGUGACUAUUGAUUUGGGCUGUAAAAUAGAUACCUCCUGUAGCCCAUUCUAGGUCUAGAAUAGUAUGAUUCUAAAAAAAUGCAAACAGGUGGGUUUCAGGAACAAUUGGAAAAAUGCAUCUACAUAGAGGGAUGUAAAUAAUUUUGGUUACUGAAAAGCUAUUAGUUCCUAGAUACUUUAAUAUUUGUUUACUAUAAUUUAUUACUUUAGUAUUUGUAUUUCAGAUUGAAACAAACAACAAAUGUGCACAUGUUAAACAAAAUCAAAUAUAUUAGUCACUUAUUCUUCUUUUCCUUCACCUAUUUUUUUUUUUUUUUGACAGGCAGAGUGGACAAUGAGAGAGAGAGACAGAGAGAAAGGUCUUCCUUUACUGUUGGUUCACCCUCCAAUGGCCGCUGUGGCCGGUGCACCGCGCUGAUCCGAAGCCAGGAGUCGGGUGCUUAUCCUGGUCUCCCAUGGGUUACAGGGCCCAAGCACUUGGGCCAUCCUCCACUGCACUCCCUGGCCACAGCAGAAAGCUGGCCUGGAAGAGGGGUAACCGGGACAGAAUCCGGUGCCCCGACUGGGACUAGAACCCAUUGUGCUGGAGCCGCAAGGCUGAGGGUUAGCCUAUUGAGCUGCGGUGCCGUCCUCCUUCACCUAUUUUUAAAAAUAAAUUGUAUUGGGGCCAGUGCCGUGGCUCACUUGGUUAAUCCUCCACCUGCGGCGCCAGCAUCCCAUAUGGGUGCCGGGUUCUAGUCCCGGUUGCCCCUUUUCCAGUCCAGCUCUCUGCUGUGGCCCAGGAGGGCAGUGGAGGAUGACCCAAGUGCUUGGGCCCCUGCACCCGCAUGGGAGACCAGGAGGAGGCACCUGGCUCCUGGCUUUGGAUUGGCGCAGCACCUGCCAUAGCGGCCAUUUGUGGGGUGAGCCAAUGGAAGGAAGACCUUUCUCUCUGUCUCUUUCUGUCACUGUCUAUAAUUCUACAUGUCAAAUAAAAAAAAUUGUAUAUACUCAAGGUAUACAACAUAAUGGUACAGAUAUAUACAGAUAGUAAUAUGGUUACUGAAGGAAAAAAGCAGUCAUCAAAGAAGGGAGGAGAAAAUUUCCACUUUGCUUAUGACCUUGUCUAAAUACUGACAGUUUGUGGAUUCAAAAGGCUUCCAUAGUCUAGGCAGCUCAUGUCAAGAGCCUCAGGUGAUCACUGACAUCAUACAUAAGAGUGUUAGUUGUUAAAUCAACAACAGAAGUCACUGUGCACUAACUUCCCAUGCAGGACCUCUGUCUUCAAAGAGUUGUAUUAUAAUUAUGUCUAAGUGCUUGCAAAAGAUGUAUCAUUCUUGGGUGCUUCUUUAAAGUUAAUUAAGUUUCUAAAAAAAAGUGAAAUUAACUUCGAGAUGCAAUGACUUUUGUUUUUAUUUAUUUAUUUAUUUAUUUAUUUUUUGACAGGCAGAGUGGACAGUGAGAGAGAGAGACAGAGAGAAAGGUCUUCCUUUUGCCACUGGUUCACCCUCCAAUGGCCGCUGUGGCCAGUGCACCACGCUGAUCCGAAGCCAGGAGCCAGGUGCUUAUACUGGUCUCCCAUGGGUUACAGGGCCCAAGCACUUGGGCCAUCCUCCACUGCACUCCCUGGCCACAGCAGAGAGCUGGCCUGGAAGAGGGGCAACCGGGACAGAAUCCGGCGCCCCGACCAGGACUAGAACCCGGUGUGCCGGUGCCGCAAGGCGGAGGAUUAGCCUAGUGAGCCGCGGCGCCAGCCCAAGAUGCAAUGACUUUGAACAGCCCUUGUCUGGACUGUUGAGGAACAGGUUUUUUUGUUUGUUUGUUUUUGCUUUUGCUUUUGUUUUAUUAUGCAAAUUGUUGAACUCUGCCUAGUAUAGAGUUGGUCUUCUGUGUAUAAAGUUAAUCUAAAAUGAAUCUUAGUGGAGAAUGAGACUAAGAAUGGGAGAGGGAGGAGGAGGAGGAGUGGGAGUGUGAGUGGAGAGGGGUAUGCUAGGAAGAAUCACUAUAUUCCUAAAUUUGUACUCAUAAAAUGAAUGAAGUUUGUAUUCCUUAAAUAAAAGGCUUCUUUGGGGGAAAACAGGUUACUGAAGCAAACUAACAUACCUGUUGUCUCACAUAGUCACCCUUUUUUUUUUUUUUUGGUUUUGUGGCAAAAGCCACUAAAAUCUACUCAUUUAGUAUGAAACUACUACCAGCAGACUUCAUGUGGUAAUUGCUCUUUUUUUUUUUGAAAGGCAGAGAGAGAGAGGAUAAGGGAGGGAGAGAGAUCUUCUAUCCACUCCCUAAAUGCCCAGAACAGCCGAGGCUGGACCAGGUCAAAGCCAGAAACCAGGAACUCCAUCCCGGUCUCCCCCAGUGGUGGCAGGGCCCAAGGAAGUGAGCCACCGUCUGCUGCCUCGCAGAGCAGGCAGUAGCAGGAAGCUGGGUCAGAAGCAGAGGCGGGACUCAAUCCCAGGCAUUCCAAAAUGGGAUGCCAGCGUGCUUGAGCAGUGGCUUAACCACUGGGCCACAAUGACAGCCCCGUCACUCUCAAUUCAUUGAAUAAGAAACUGUGCAGCCUACGCAUGCCACUAAGAUAAACUGGACUCAGUUCCUGCCUUCAAGGAACCUGGAUUGCAGAGGUGGCUACUUGGGCAAAGGUUUCCUAAGUUUUAAAGAUCAGCAAUAUCAGGUGAUUACUCCUGGUGCCUGAUACCUCCCUCCCAGCCUUCAUCCCCCCUCUUUCUCCCCUGUCUCCGUCAACUGGCCAUAUGACCUUGACGUGGGCUUCACGGGUGGACGUUCUAGGUAAGCAGAAGAUGUCCUCCCAGCUUUGCAGUCAUCUUCUUUUUCUAAUCUUGUACAUCGCCUUCUCCUGUGGAUGCAGGACAUUUGUACCAGCAUAAUCUCAAUGCCCUUCCUCCUUUUGUUUAAAUCUACAGUGGUGCUCUGUUGGUUCUGUAUCACAUAAUUGUAUUUUUUAAAGAUUUAUUUAUUUAUUUGAAAGUCAGAGGUACACAGAGAAAGAAGGAGAGGCAGAGAGAGAGAGAGAGAGAGAGAGAGAUCUUCCAUCCGCUGGUUCACUCCUCAGAUGGCCACAACAGCUAGAGCUGUGCUGAACUGAAGCCAGGAACCAGGAGCUUAUUCCAGGUCUCCUGUGAGGGUGCAGGGGCCCAAUGACUUCGGCCAUCUUCUACUGCUUUUCCAGGCCACAGCAGAGAGCUGGAUCAGAAGUAGAGCAGCAAGAACCCAAACCGGCGCCUAUAUGAGAUGCUGGCACUGCAUCCGUGAUCCCACAGUGCCAGCCCCCACAUAAUUGUUUUAAUAGUCAUGAUGUUUUUGUUUGUUUUUAUUUUUUUUGAAAACUUUUAUUUAAUAAAUAUAAAUUUCGAAAGUAGAACUUUUGGAUUAUAGCAGUUUUUCCCCCAUGACCACCCUCCCACCCACAAACCAUCCCAUCUCCUACUCCAUCUCCCAUCCCAUCAUGUUUAAUUGAACUGUCUUCAGGGCAACUUUUAGCCAGAAGAGGGAGUGCAAGAGCCAAAGCUGGGAAAUCUGGGGAAGUUUAUGGCUUUCAUAUAUUUUCUUCUGUAUUGAAAGGCCUGGAAUUUUAUUUUUCAAUUUGGCACUUAGAGCCCAAAGUUCAGCCUUGUAAUAUGUGUAAAGUUAGCCAAGCUGUUGGGAGUGGACUACCCAGGCAAUGUUUUAACAAGCAUAUGAUUUAGAUUUAAUAAUUUGUUGAAAACAGGGGGAAAGCAUAAAUCAAUAACAUGAGCAUGAGAAGUGGUUUUGGUUGUAGUCUACCAAACACGUGUAACUACUAAUGCAGGUGCUUUGGUCUACAUCUCUGUAUGACAGGAAGUCCCAAAUCAGAAGGAACCAGGUUAAUCCAUUUUUUAUGAGUCAUUGUGUGGACCUAAAACCAACUGCCCAACAUAUUAACAAUUGAUAAACCUGGUAAAGGCACAUAAAGGAGUUAUUUAUACUGUUCAUAUUCUUUUUUUUUUUUUUUCAGAUUUAAUUAUUUGAAAGGCAGAGUGAUGAGGGGAACAGGGAGGCAGAUCUUUCCUGCACUGGUUCACUCCCCAAACAAUUGCAACAGACAUUGGGCCAGGCCAAAGCCAAGAGCCAGGAACUCUACCCAGGUCUUCCAUGUGUGUGGCAGGGGCCCAAGUACUUAGGCUACCAUCCACUGCUUUUCCAGGUGCAAUGGCAGGGAGUUGGAUGGAAGCAGAGUAUUGGGACUUAAACCUGCACUCCUAAAUGGGAUGCAGCAUUGCAGGCAACUCCACCCCUUCUAGAAUUCAUUAGUAUUCAAAUUCUUGCAACUUUCCCCAAUUUGAAAUUAGUUGCAAGUUAACAAAAAUUAUUUCCUAGUUUGCUUUGAUCAAUCAGAUAUGAUAGUAUUUAAUUAAUUGCUAAAAACUAGAGCCUUUCAUCUACUUCUUAGGAGUGGAAAAAGUAAAUGUUGAAGUUUGUUGAGAUCUAUAAUUGUGAAAUUAAACACAAUUGGCAUUAAUAAGGAAAGUGUGAGAUUUGAUAUACAUGAAUUAUCAGAAUCUCAUUUUAUUUUUCCUAGGAAUUUUAGAAUCUCUAGUGAGCUGGAGAUGUAGAAAACAAUGUCAAAAUAUUUCCAAAAGGGGGAGGCAUUUAGCCUAUCAGUUAAGAUGCUGAUUGAGACACUUGCAUCCCACAUAGGAGUGUCAGCUUCUGAGACCUGCUCCGGGGCUGGUGCCAUGGCUCACUAGGCUAAUCUUCCACCUGUGGCGCCAGCACCCCGGGUUCUAGUCCCAGUUGGGGUGCUGGGCUCUGUCCAAGUUGCUCCUCUUCCAGUCUAACUUUCUGCUGUGACCCAGGGAGGCAGUGGGAGAUGGCCCAAGUCCGUGGGAGACUGGCUCCUGGCUUUGGAUUUGGCUGUAGUGACCUUUUUGGGGGUGAACCAACGAGGGAAGACCUUUCUCUCUGUCUCUCUCUCUCUCUCUCUCUAACUCUGCCUGUGCAAAAAACAAGGCCCUGCUUGAGUUUUUCAUUCCAGCUUCCUGCUAAUGUAGACCCGUGGAGGCAGCAGGUAAGAGGGCAAACAGCUGAGUUCCUGGAUCCCAGCUUCAGCCCUGCGAUUUGCAGGCAUUUGGGAGCUCUCCCUUUCUCUACCUUUCAAGUAAAUGUUGAAAAUUUUAGAUGUAUUUCCAGGGGCAGGCAUGUGGUGUGGCUGUUAAGCUGGUAUUGCGCUCCCCACAUCUCCUGUUAGAUUCCCCUGGCUUGAGCGCCUGCUCCUAGUUCCAGCCUUCUGCUAAUGUGCACACUGGGAGGCGCUAGACGGCAGGUCCCUGUCCACCCCGCACUGCCCCGCCACCCGCCACCCGCUGCCCCACCCCUGCACCCUCCACCCCUGUGUAGGAGUUCCAGUAUCCUGACUUUCGCCUGGCCCAGCCCUGGAUGUCCUGCACAUUUCACCCAGUGGAAGAUCUCUCUGUGUCUGUCUCUGUGCCUUUCAAAUUCCAAUCAAUUAAUUAAAAAGACAGAAGACUUAAAAUCCAUGGAGAAGUGGCGUUCACUUACUGUGACCCGUGGAAAGGCUGAGAAGGACCUACCCUUGGAUGUCUCUUGUCGACUUCAAUUCUCUAGCUUGGUUAACUUGCUGCUGUUUACAAUUCCACCUUGGCAGUGCGAGCCUGGCAUGUGCACCAGAGCACGCUGGAGGGUUGUACGUCCUGCAUUUGGGAGACUAAACGAAAGUAAAAUCAGGCCGGCGCUGCGGCUCACUGGGCUAGUCCUCUGCCUUGCGGCGCCGGCACACCGGGUUCUAGUCCCGGUCGGGGCGCCGGAUUCUGUCCCGGUUGCCCCUCUUCCAGGCCAGCUCUCUGCUGUGGCCCAGGAGUGCAGUGGAGGAUGGCCCAAGUGCUUGGCCCUGCACCCCAUGGGAGACCAGGAGAAGCACCUGGCUCCUGGCUCCUGCCAUCGGAUCAGCGCGGUGCGCCGGCCGCAGCGUGCUGGCCACGGCGGCCAUUGGAGGGUGAACCAACAGCAAAAAGGAAGACCUUUCUCUCUGUCUCUCUCUCACUGUCCACUCUGCCUGUCGAAAAAAAAAAAAAAAAAAAAAAAAAGAAAGAAAGAAAGAAAAGAUCAAACAGCUACCUUUACCGCACCUCCAAGACUACCGAAGCAGAAUCCACUGGAAUGAACAAAACAGAAGUGAGUGCUGUGCCGCGGAAUGGCUUCCAUGUUUUUUUAUUACUUGAAGUCUGUCUUAAUCCUUCUCUUCCUAUCAAGCUACAUACGGAGAAUGUUUUCUCAAAACUUAGGCUGAGUUUGGCAGCUCCACACAGAUUCUGGAAAUGUAUGUAUGCGUUUAAAAGGACCCGGGGGAGGGGGGGUGGUUGCUUGUUGUUUUUGGUUGGUUUUUGUGUGUGUUCCCAUCUAUUGUCUAUUCACUGCUAUGGAGUUAGUGACUAUUCAAGUGCAUCUGAAAUAGCACUAUGGAAGUUGGAAGUUCAAUUUCAAGAGCUGAGUUCGCCUGGCCUGUGGUUUCAGCACUCAAUAUCGUGGCCACUGCAUUCGAUACACUUGGCAAGAUUUCUCCAAGUGGAAAGAGAUAGAGGUUUUACUGCACUCCAUAAAUAUGACCAUUUAUUGGCCCCAACGUCUUUAUGUCCCCAUUCAUUCAGUGCUCGCUUAAGCUGUCCACUGUGCUUGACCCAGUCCAUAAAUGUAAAUUGCCCACUUCUGAAACUGACUCUGCGUGACUUUGGAGUAGGAGCGAGCGGGAAUUACGCUACUUCCACAGACCUGGGUCUCCUGCAGCAUCUGCCGGGGCUCCAGGGAGCUCCCAGGCAGCAAGUUACUGUUGGAUUUCUUUCUUCCCGUUCUCCAAAGGACCAUACAUGCAUGUUACUCUGAAACCUUAAUUUCAAUGACACACUGAAGAGAGCUAACAGUUAUGUCUUGUUUGAUCAAUGCUAAAAGAACAAAUAGGGAGAGGGCAUUUGUUAUGGUGGUUAAGACUCCCACUGGGGCCACCGGCAUCCCAUAUCAGGGUGCCUGGGUUUGAGUCCUAACUCUGCCCCCGAGUCCAGCUUCCUGCUAGUGUGCACCUGGGAGGUGAAGUACAUGGGCCCCUGCUACCCGCAUGGGAGACCUGGACUAGGUUCCAGCUCCUUGCUUCAGCCAGGCCUGGAUCCGACUGUUAAGGGCAUUUGGGAAGUGAACCAGAAGAUGGUUCUCUCUCUCUAGCUCUCUCUGCCUUUCAAAUAAAAUGAAAAUCAAUUAAAAUUGAAACAGAUCAAAUAGGAAUCCUAUUUGCUAUUUUUCUUUAUUACUAGACUAAACAUCUUCCAUUGCAUAGUGCUAUUCAAGUAAGAAGGCUCAAGCAUUUAAGCGGUGCUGGCCUUGUCUCCUGGUGUGGUUACCUGCCCUUCUCCCCUCCUUCUCCAAGUCUGGAGAGAUUCACAGGGCUCCACGGACUCCACGGCUUCUCUGCGCUGGUUAGAGUCCUUUACGUCUAACUGCUCUUGCUCUAGCCUGUCUUCCCUGUACUGGGUGAUAGACCACUAAGCACCUCCUAAAAUAUUCCUUCACAUUAUUCAAAGAUCAUUUUGGAUGGACAAGAGUUUGGCACAGAGGGUAAGAUGCUGCCUGGGGUGCCCACACCCCAUUUCAAAUUGCUCGUUCUCAAGUCUGGCUUCCUGCUAAUGCACACCCUGGCAUGUGCUUUGUGAGGGCCCAAGUCCUUGAGUACCUGCUACCCACCUGGGAGACCCACACUGAAUUCUCUGCUCCUGGAGUUUGGCCUGGCCCAGCCCUGGUUCUUUUGAACAUUUGGGAAAAGAAACAACAGAUGUGUGAUCUCUCUCUCUCAGUCUCUGUCUUUCAAAUCAGUAAUUGUUUAAACAAGAUAAUUUUGAAGUAGCCUCUCCACACCCUUGUGUUCUUUAUGCCCAAAAAUAAUCAUCUUACAUUCUUCUACAUUUUUCAGCUUUCUAUUUUCCUAAUAUUCUGGGCCUUACAUUUCCAAAACAAAUUGACCCACUUCCAGGAAUAAAAUAACUAAAGAUACGUGUGCCACAUAAAACUAAACUGCUAUGCACUGAAAAAGAGAGGGGAUACAGAAAUCAAGCAUGCCAGCAAACUGCUUACUUUUCCUGAUAAGACAUCUCAUCUCAUUUGUGUAACAUUAGGAAGUAGUUGAUAGAAAAUAAAAACUGGAAAAAAAAAACUGGGAAAGGAAUAGUAGAAAUACGUACUUGUGUUAAAAUUGCUUGGAUGGCAUUCUGCAUGGGUUGGAAAUUUCUUUUUAACUCACUAGGAAAUUUUAGGAGGGUGGGUGAAUUUAAAACUUUUUUUUAGCUUACCUAAUAGUGUGCUUAUUAGAAGAGACACUAUAAUGAUUUCAAAGAAUUUAGUACAAUGCCCAGCACAUACCAGAUGCUUAAUAAAAGGCCGUUAUUAACUGAUUGCGCUUCAGUCUAUUCAAGUGUAUUUUUUUUCUAACAUAAAACAUGAAAAACAGGAAACCUUUCCUCUAAUUAGGUAAUGAGGGCUAGUUGGCUGGAGGCUCUCCAGAUAACUGCUAUGUAAGAAUGUGCACCGUGAAGCAAGAAGUGUCCCGAGCGCUGCAAAGCUGCAAAAUGCUCUGAAAUCCUUAACAGGUCUUAAGGUAUUACUGGGAGAGGACCAUUUUUCGGGAUGGAGGACUCAGACGUUCUCCUGCUCAUCUGAAUAACACACAGUGCAGAACUCUCUCUCUUCGUUCCUUCCCUGGUCUUGAGGAAAUGCAGAUGUUAAGUUGCUACCCAAGGACACUUUAAACAAACAUGAAGUCAAUUCAGUUGUUUCCUGAGAGAUUGACUUCUUGCAAAAGCCAAAGAAAAUCUUUUCCUAAUCCAAAAGGUACAAAAACUAAGGCUGAGACCAUAAAGCAGGGG